UUCCGGAUCACUCGCUUUGGUUAGGAAGAAUAUUUCGCGGGUGUCCUGAGUUUAUGGGUAAUAUUUCCCAAGAUUCUUUGGUGCCCAAUCGUCAGGUGUAGAAAAUUCAGUUUAUCGCGUAGAAAUUUUGGUGGCAUAUCGAUUAAGUGAGGAGCGAGAGAGAAGAAAAGAUAUUUUUUUCCAAAAAGAAAUGUCACCUAGCACGGUUUUUACCGAUCCCGUUGUUGACAUACUCAUACGGGAAAAUGGCGCAAGAGAGUGUUGCAUUGAUUUAACUCAUGUUUUAAGGUUUAUUUAUUAUCGACAAAUUCCAUUGUGUAUCUGCAUUCCUACGACAUGAAUUCGGGAUAAAUAAUAGACAAUCUAAAUUAAACUUUCUACCAUGAUCGUUCUUUAAUAAUACAUUAAACAUCUGAAGAGAAAUGUAUAAAAUAACGACGAACCGGUUUACGCGCUAUACGCCGGUAAGAAAUUAUGUCAACACAGGAUGCAGAAUCAACGGGUUUUGUCACGAGUACUAUUACCAAUCAGGAUGAAACCGGCACAGUUUUGCACGAAUUAUCGAAUAAUCCAGCUGACGUUUUGGAAUGUCUAUCGGUAAUGAUCGAUGAGGGGAAUCUGAAUAAUGUUCAGGUACAAGAACUUAUUCUGGAUGAACAGCUGCUUGGUACGACGCUGACAGCAAUAACAUUACCCGAUGGAACCCAAGCAUACUUGACAAACAACUUUAGCGACGAUGAAUCUCCGCUUAAUGGGGAUGCAGCUUUGGAACUGGAAAAUGGAGAAACUAUUUUCCUUAGAGAUCUAUCCGAGUUUGCGGAUGGUAAAACUCUUCAAUUGGAGGUAGAUCCAGCAUUUUUGGAUCAAAAUACAUCCAUAGAUAUUGCAUCUGUAGAAAAUACAUAUCCACAAGUAGAAUUUAUUAAUGGAACAGCGUAUGUGGUUGCUAGUCAUUUAAAUGUUGCCGAUGACUUAUGGGAGAUAGAAGACGGAAAAUUAAAAAAGAAAGAGCCUAAAAUUUUAAUGAACAAAUUAUCUGAACAAAAAAUACGUCACCCUUGUCCUAGAGAGGGAUGUACAAAAGUGUAUAGUACACCGCAUCAUCUCAAGGUGCAUGAACGCUCUCAUACUGGUCAGCGACCAUAUAUAUGCUCAGAUACAGAAUGUAGAAAAAGUUUUUCCACUGGUUAUAGUUUGAAAGCUCAUUUACGGACGCAUACUGGAGAAAAGCCAUAUAAAUGUCCUAAUGAUGCAUGCAACAAAAGUUUUAAAACAUCGGGAGAUUUAUUAAAACAUGUUAGAACGCAUACAGGUGAACGUCCUUUUGUGUGUCCAUACGAAGGAUGUGGUCGAUCGUUCACAACAAGUAAUAUUAGAAAGGUACAUGUAAGAACACAUACCGGCGAACGUCCAUAUAAAUGUAUGCAGCCAAAAUGUGGUAAAGCCUUUGCUAGUGCGACAAACUAUAAGAACCACAUACGUAUACAUUCUGGGGAGAAGCCAUAUGUAUGUAACAUAGAGAAUUGUGGAAGAAGAUUUACAGAAUAUUCUAGUCUUUAUAAACACCAUCUUGUUCAUACACAAGAAAAGCCAUUUGAGUGUAAUAUUUGUUUUAAGAGAUACAGACAAAGUAGUACACUUGUAAUGCACAAAAGAACAACGCAUCCAUUAGUCGAUAGCGAUGACAGUACUGAUAUUUUUUUACAAGAUACUUUAGAUGGAUCUACUCAAAGCAAAAAUAAAGAAAAGCAUAGUACAAUAAUAGAAAAUAAAUUAACAAUCGAAAAGGAAACGCAGCUUCAAGUUUCUAAAGUUUCUGAAAAUAUAACAGAUUCUGAACCACAAAUUUUAUUAGUUAGCGAUCCAUCUCACAUAGCUGCUUUACAGCAAAUUGGAUUGGAUGAUAGUUUUGUUGAUCCUUCAAUAGACACAACCUAUGAAGGAUUAAACAUAAAGAUCGAAGACAUAGAGUUCGGUUGGAAUUAAUGCAUUAUCAUCAGGGAAUUUUGACUUAGUAUAAACUCUAUACCAAUACAGUGGAACCUUCUUACGAAAUAUCAUAUUUACCAUGGUACAUCGUAAACCAUAUAAAAGACUAUAGAAAGUUGCAGAUAUUGCAUAAAAGAUUUAAUAAGUAUUUAGAGUUUAGUUGAUAAAUUGUUAUAAAUAAAGCCACUUAAGUGUAUAAAGUCUUAACAAUGAGCAAAUGACAAAAGUCAGGUAAUUAAUCAUAUUUAUUAGCUUAAGAAAAAGGUACCAUCAAUUGUGAAGUUAAAUAGUUAUACACAAAAACAGCAUUAUUAUAACAUAGUGUGUAUAUAUAUAUAUAUAUAUACACAUAUAUAUAUAAUAUAUAUGUAUAGGACUGUAGGUAUGUAAAUGACACUUUAUUCGAUCAUUGUUUUCCUUAUUAUUAUCGUUUAAAUGAAAGGGCACACUCAAUGCACAUUCGUAGUAUUAAAGAGAAAAGAUAAGAAAUGAAAGUAAAAAAACAUUGCAUAUUAUAUAUCAUAUAGUAAAAUAAUUAUCAUAAUAUGUAUGUUCUUUGUUAGAUAAGCAGUCGUAGCGGAAAAACGAUGAAAUGAAUUGAUUAUAUAUUGAAAUUUAUUUCGUUCAUCUUUUGAUAAAUAAGACUUACAAUUAGAUUUGGAUUACAUAUUGAUUGCAUUAUUAAUGAAUAUUUAUAAUUUAAAUAAAAAUAGAUUUAUUUAUGCUAUAUAACUGUAAAUUAAUCUAUAUAAUAGCUGUUAAAGCAAACGAAAUCGGUCGUGUAAGUAUAUCGUGGAUAGAACUUGCACAAAACUAAAAGGAACGUCGUUUUUGCAUUAAAACGACAAUGAACUUUCGAGUUCGAACCUCUAUGUAAAAAAAAAAAACAAAGGAAAAACGUAACUGUAAAUUUAAAUACAAAUUAUAAUGUUUCAUCUUUUUAUUUCGUUGAAAAAAUAUUAUAAUAAUGCAAAAUAAAUAUAUAUAUUACUUAAAAAAUAUAUUUUGAAAAUUACUUGAUCGCAUGAAAAUAUUUUGUGCAGUUUCUAUUAUUCAAUUAUGAAUACUUAAGUCUAGCAUACUGUGUGAUAAAAGAGAGAUUUAUGAAAUUAUUCUCUAGAAAUAAAUUAAAAUUUAUUUAGAAUGUUACGUGUGUGCAGGUGUUAAAAACAGAAAAGCAGAAAAAAUCUUUGUAAUUACAUUAUUUUUUAAUAAAUCGUUCAGUAAUUUUACACUGUAACAAUUGUUUUUCCAUUUUUCCAAUGUAAAAAAUUACUUUGCUCUACUUAUAUAAUUAUCAGAUCGCGGUAGCAUUUGUGAUAUAAACUAACAGAAGUUUGAACGCGAUAAUACGAUCGACAAAUCUAUAUAUUAUCGAUAAAUGCCUCGAAGUUGUAAAAUUUUGUUCUUAAGCGUGGAAAUUGUUACUGUCGAGAUACAGAGAGAAGAUAUAAAUACGAGCGUCAGUUAUAAGAAGAAAAAAGGAGAACAUCUACAAUUAUUAUCACCACUUUACUAACUAAAUAACGCGUUUAACGUAUCGCAAGAAUGUGUGCUUCGAUGUUCGUCGUUGUUAUGUAGAAUAACACUUGUACACUAAUCGAAUUCCUCACAGUUUAGGGAAUGUUGAUUACGUCAUUUCGAUUUAUAACAUUACAAGUCGUUUAUAUUUAUUUUCAUAAAAAAAUUAUUUAAUUAAAAUAAAAUCUAACGGCUCGUGAAAGAAUAAAAUUUAACGAAAAAAUUUGAUAAGCUGGAAGAAUAUAGUUACUGGAAGAAAACGAAUCCAAAUUAAAUUAUAAAUAACUUAACGUUUAAUAACAUUUUUUUGAUACGGAUAUAAAAUAGGAAUUAAUCAAGAUAUAAAUAUGAUAAUAUAAUAAUCAGCCAAAUGAUUUGAUAAUGAUAUUCUAUAUACAAAAUGGAAUAAUGUAACGAAAUCAAUCAGAUAUUGUUUGUUGGUAAUAAAUUUUUAGUAAAUCAUUAUAGUGGUAAUCAUAAUUAUAGAACAGCCGUGGAUAGAUUGAAUCGUUAGUGAUAUCGGCUUGAAAGAUGCGUUUUAUAAAAUUUGGAAUAGGAAGAUGUUAAUAGUCACGAUGGUCAAUGUUACGAUUUCUCAUCCUCCCACCGUUGGAGAGUUUUUUCAAUGGUUCACGACUCGAUCAACGAAUAGUCUUCGUUCGGCCAAGUACUCGAAUGCGUUGGUCGGUACUAACGUACGAAUUCGAUCUCUCUUUGUCACGCGUUUAAUCACUAAAAUGGACAAUUAAUGAAUUCUUCAGAUACAUUCUCUGAGAUACGCGUGCAUGGGUACAUAUCGUAUAUACAAAUGUACCGUAUGACCGAUCGAUCUUCGUCGUCAAGGAUGUGAGACUUUCUCUAGUGUAUUUAUGAGGUAUGAAUUUCAAGAAAAUAAGAUGAAAAUUCAUCGUUUUGAUCCUUGUAUGAUUUAUUUACGUGUACGUCUGUGGUGUGUAAAUCAAAUUAUUAUAUAUGAUCUUUCGAUCCGAUGUAGCACGGCAAGUCGAACCACGAACGUUAAGCCAAUUGUAUAAAUCGCUCGAAUCAUUGAAUCCGUUUCAAACCCUUCCCUUUGCGUUACGUAAAAAAAGAGAAGAAAGAAAAAUUAAAUCUCACGAUGAGAUACGGUUUAUUUUAUGGUCAUCCAACCUAUCGUUGAGUCGACGGCACACAAAAUUUGAUAAUUGUCGAAAUUUGAGCGAAUUGAGCACUUGGGACAUUCACUGAACAAUUCAAAAAUGUAUAUUUCUGAAACAAAAAAACAUAUAUUAUUAGCAUUAUUUGUGUAAAUAAAUAUAACGCGAUGUAAAAGCGUGUAAAUCGCGUAGCAGCUCGAUUGUGUUAUGAAAUAUCUGUAAAAUGUCUCUCCCCCUAUCUCUCUCGCUCUUUAUUCUUGCGAUAAGAAAAUACUUUUUUCAAUCUACACGCAUUAUCAUCAGCCGAUCUCGAUGGAGUGCUAUGUGUACGGAGAGAUAAUCCGAUAAAUCCAGGAUACUUUAAUGGGACUUUGUCUUCGACCACCCAAGUAGAAUUAAGUUCUGCUCCCAACUAUAGAGGAGAAACUACUAUUCGAAUCCUUACGAAUCUUCCGAGUAAUUCUUUGCUUUAUGAUUAUAAAAAGACGAUAAUCAUCGUCUUUGCGAUCCGAUAAUGGAGCGCCUUUGAUAUGUUAAAUAAACCUCAUUUUUCUUUUGA